GGUUAUUUUCUAAAUUUAAAUGUCCUUGGAAAUGACCAUUUUUCUUUUGCUAGCUGAUAGUAACUAUUUUAUAGCAUAAAAAUAUGCUGAAAACAAUUCAGUGGGCUUUUUAUAUGUAAUUUUAAAAACUUAUAGUUAGUAGCUUAACAUUAAAAUCACUUAGUGCAUCAGGAAUUUGCUGCACUUUGGGAAUUUUAUGCUUGUUUCAAAAUGCCUGUUUUGGAAUGUUAAGAGCUAUAAGAUACAGCUCCUCCCAGACUAGUAAUUUUGAAAUUCCAGAACAGGAAGUUCUGGCUUCCUUUUUUCCCCCCAGAUAAAUUUGAAAGCAUAUUUCUUGUGUUUCAGGGGUUAGGAGUAGAGAGGGAAAAUGGAUUAAGUAACUAAUUUGCCAAGUAGAGUCUUACCUGGCACUCUUAAUUUAAGAGCACAGUGAGCCCCAAGUUGGGGAAUAAGGUGAUAGAGGAAGAGGUAUUAAUUCUACAAAGUUACAUGCCCUGAAACUGCACAGGAAAUAUUCCAGUAGGUUUCUUACCUGGAAAUACCAGAAGAUUAUAGUGUAGACUUUUAUCAUUUCUGAUUUUGAAUGGAGAGUUUUAAAUCAUUGUUGGAACCUUGCUGUAAUUCCAUACAAUCAGAGAUGCUCUGAUUUGUAAGGAAUGUUCAAGGUUAUGAGCACAUGGAAAUCUCUUUUGUAGUUUGUUUUACUUGGUAGAAAUUAUAAAAACACAAUCAGUUAUAACUGCUUAGAUAUUUUUAAAGCUAUCAUUUUGUGAGAAAAUUUUUACCAUUUUUGGGCAUGCAACUUUACUGCAUUAUUGUACUUCCACAUUUAUAACUAGUAUCAGGAAGAAAAUGAUACACAUUUUUUUAUUAGUUUUGUCAAAUACAAGUGAUGAAUUUCACAGCUGUUAAGCCUGACUAUGCACUGCCAACAAAGAAAUAAUGCGUUGUUAUAUUAAGAAAGAGAGAAGAGUAAGAGAAGCAAAUGAAGGAAGGGAAGUCUCUAGUGGAGAAGUUGGGAGAGAGGAGGUGUGCCGUGCAGUGUGUGCCCUGUGCACUUGACUCACUGUAUGCCUCCACACUAGGGAAGCAGCAUGUGGUGUAAAUGAGAACAUUUCACCAGAUUUUUCAGUUUCUUUCAGUUUGCUGGGUUUUAGUUCAGACAGCAAUGUGAGAAGAGGGUGCAAAAGUGGUGUUGAUACCAAUUGAGCAUGAACUAUUAUUAAUACAACAUGCCACUUUGGAUAAAAAUAUACUUUCCUUAUGCUUGUCUAAAUAUGACCCCUUUUUGUUGUUGCGUGCAUUUCAGAUUUCUUUUUAUAAAUGUUAACACUUAGAAAAAAUAAGAUCAACAUAGCAGGUGUGAACCUAAUCAUCAGUCAUAACUUUAUGUCCACAUUUUCUGGUAGAUGGAUUUUGACUAUUAAUUUGGUUUUGUAUGUUUUCUCUAUGUGAUAUUUGUGCAUUAUUAGAUGACUAGACUGGCCAAGGCAGACCUGUUACACUUGCCUGAGUCAGGCAUUGUUUGCCAUGCCACUAAACCUGCCGCCAAGUGAAACCUUCAUUGGGGAAAUGAGAUCGGAGUCUGAACCGCAGAAGAUGGACGCCCUGUCUCUGUUUUUAUUGUUUUACUUUAAUUUCAUUUCUUUUUAUUUUGUCCCUUUUUUUUUGUUUUGUUUUGUUUUUGUUUUGUUAAAUCUCUCUCACUUUUAACUUGUGAGCUGGUUUUCCAGUUCUUUGUAAAUGGUAUUCCAUUAAGAAUUCAUAACAUGUUGCAAAUUUAUGGGGGAAUGAUUAACAGAGCUGAACCUUGAGAUGAACUAUAUUGCCAUGCAGUAAGUUAGAGUGCAGUGCUGGGAAGAUGGUUGGUGCCUUUUAAUUGGUGUUUGUGGGUUGAGGGACAUUUUGAUCUUCAAACAUUAAGACAUUUUGAUCUUCAAACAUUAAAACAUUUACACUAGAAUUGUAGGAACAUUUUCUGAUGGGCUCAGUGCUUAUUAUUUUUUCCCCAAGUCUACAUCUCUCAUAAAACCAACUGAUGGCUUCUAAUUUUUAUCCUUCCCCUACAACUGUAGGCAUGUAAAACCAUCAAGGAAAAUUAAGUACAUUUCUUUUAACAAUCUGAAGGUAGGGGGAGGCCUUCGUCUUUUAUUAGCUUGGUCCUAAGAAGCCUUUUGUUGCCUCCAUGGGGAAUGGAUAUUGGAGAAGACUGUUGGUUAUUUAUUUGCAUGAAUGUUUUUUUUGUUUGCUUGAAUUUUUUUGCUGAGAAUUCUUUAGAGGCUACUAGCUUUUUAAGUGGAUUUUGAAGUCAGGACUCACAGUGUGAGAGAUGUUUGCCUCAGUUUCCUUUGAAGUGUAGUUUGGGGAAAAUGCUAAAUGCUCACGUGUUUUAUACUUCUAUACUCUGAGUUUUAGAGGAUAAAUUUUAUUUUGGAAAUAAAGCAAUGGAAGUUUUCUUAAGGUAUCUUUAAUAGAAUAAGACCAAAAUAAUACUGAGCUUAUAGUUACUGAUUUUUUAGUUUAUUGGCAUGAAUGGUAGGGAGAAUCUCAUAGCCUGCUGGUAUUUAAGGUAGAACUGAGGCUUCAUAGUACUAAGUAAUGAGCUUGGCUCAUGUCGAAUACCUUACUGUCUGUGUAACCUCUAUAUUGUAUGGAUAGCUGGGUUUGGUUAUUGACAAGCAAUAUUAAAUUUGGUACACUACUAGAUUGGAACUCUUUUAGGUGCAUAAAUUAGAGUACUGGAAGCAUAGAGUGCACACCUCAGGACUGCAGUUACUCAUCAGAGGUGUUCAGGUUUUAAACCUUAAAAAAUACUAUAUAUUUCUAGUAGAUAAAAUGAAUGUGAUAAUUAAUAUGAAUAGUAUAGUAUAUAUAUGGGCAUAUAUAGAUGUAUAGUAAUAGUGGUAACUAGUAGUUCAUUGUUAGUUGAUAUCUUCUGUAAGGCCUACCUUGUUAUCAUUCUGCAUGUUAAGAAAUUUGUUCUCCAGAUUUAAAGUAAUAACUUCGUUUUUGAAAUUAGUUAAAUUUAGAUGCUGUAAAAUUAGAAAGUAUACAUUUGCCAAAGCCACUAAACUGUAAUUCUAAUUUUCUUUCUAUAGAUAAGCUAUAACCAUUAUUUAAAGUUUUAAAUUCCAUCUUGAGUUCCAUCCAUGCUUAGAGGUCUUUCCAGAAGUUUAGACAUUCUUUCUUACAUCUGGUUGUUUUAAAUAGGAUUAUACCACUGAAACCAGGCAGAAUGCUUUUGAAAAUUUUCACACAUAUUUCAGUUUGUGUGAUUUUUUUUUAAAGUACAGUUUUAACACACUCUUAAUAAUAGGAAUGAUUAUUUAUAUAUGCAAUCAAGUUUGAGAAAUAUACCAGUUUUUGCAAAAAGAUAGGGUAAAAUAUGAGUUUUAGUCUGUCAACUUUUUCAAUUCAGAAACUAAAUAUGGGAGAUCAUGAAGUUACAAGUAAAUUUUUCAUUUUUUUUUUUAAGUUGCAGGCAUUUUUCUUCACUUCUAAAGUGAUUUUAGUAUUACUCCUGUUAGAAAAUUACAGGCUUCAUAAGAAAAGCAUUUUUUUAAAGUUUUAGUUAACUAUUAUUCAGCUAAGUAUACAUAAAUUGCAUCUGAAAGUUAGUAUUUUAAGUUUCCUGAGACUGGGGAAAUGUUGUUCAGCCCCAUGAAUUUUUUGGGAUUGGAUUCUUUUUAGGUAUUACGGAUGUUGGUGAGGUGCCUUAUUGAUGAAUGGGUAUGGACUUUUUUUAAUCGAAGCUGAUGCAUGUUCUAGUUUUCUGUUUUCUUCUGUUUAUCUGCAGUUGAGUGGAGUCUUGGAGGGUUGUCAGAAUUGUCUGCUCACAGUAGGUAGCUACAGUAACAGGCUAGAAGAGACACGCAUUAUGGAACAGAUUUCAAUUCGCACAUAUUUGUUUUUUUCUUUUUCUUUUUUCUUUUUUUUGACUAAUUUGGUUAUUUGCCAUUUCUGGGGAUUAAACUUUAAAAAAUGUUCUUCUUUUCUGUAUCUGAUGUUCUGUGUGCUAUUAGUGACGCAGCCAACACGAACGGUUGUCAUGUGUAACACAACUUUCGAUCACCGCGAAAACAGCGUCCUGGGAAAGCGUCCAUGCUUGAUAUCGUUUGGUUCAUGAACAUUAAGUUUCCAGUACAGGUAAAAUCCCAGAGGAAGCCAAAGCCCUUUCUUUACUGGCUCCUGCUCCAACCAUGACAAGCCUGGUGCCUGGUGCAGGAUUGCUUCCCAUUCCGACUUCCAGCCCUCUGACGGCAGUGAGUAGUCUUGGUGUUUCACUUAGCAGUUUGGGAGCCAUACCAGCAGCAGCACUAGACCCCAAUAUUACAACACUUGGAGAGAUCCCACAGCCACCACUUAUGGGAAAUGUGGACCCUUCCAAAAUUGAUGAGAUUCGGAGGACAGUCUAUGUUGGAAAUUUGAAUUCACAGACGACGACAGCUGAUCAACUGCUUGAAUUUUUUAAACAAGUUGGAGAAGUGAAGUUUGUUCGGAUGGCAGGUGAUGAGACUCAGCCAACUCGGUUUGCUUUUGUGGAAUUUGCAGACCAAAAUUCUGUACCAAGGGCCCUUGCUUUUAAUGGAGUUAUGUUUGGAGACAGGCCACUGAAAAUAAAUCACUCCAACAAUGCAAUAGUAAAACCUCCUGAGAUGACACCUCAGGCUGCAGCUAAGGAGUUAGAAGAAGUAAUGAAGCGAGUACGGGAGGCUCAGUCCUUUAUCUCAGCAGCUAUUGAACCAGAGUCUGGAAAGAGCAAUGAAAGGAAAGGCGGUCGAUCUCGUUCCCACACUCGCUCAAAGUCCAGGUCUAGCUCAAAAUCCCAUUCUAGAAGAAAGAGAUCACAAUCAAAGCACAGGAGUAGAUCUCAUAACAGGUCACGGUCAAGACAGAAAGAUAGACGUAGAUCCAAGAGUCCACAUAAAAAACGCUCUAAGUCUAGGGAGAGGCGGAAGUCAAGGAGCCGUUCACGUUCACGGGACAAGAGAAAAGAUACACGAGAAAAGGUGAAGGAAAAGGAAAGAGUGAAAGAGAGAGAGAGGGAAAAAGAAAAGGAGAGAGAAAGGGAAAAGGAUCGUGAAAAAGACAAAGAACGGGGUAAAAACAAAGAUAAAGAUCGAGAGAAGGAAAAGGAUCAUGAAAAGGAGCGAGACAAAGACAAGGAAAAGGACCAAGACAAAGACAAGGAGCGGGAAAAAGACAAAUCCAAAGAGGCUGAUGAGAAACGGAAGAAGGAUAAGAAGUCCAGAACACCACCCAGAAGUUACAAUGCAUCAAGAAGAUCUCGUAGUACCAGCAGGGAAAGGCGGCGGAGGAGGAGCAGGAGUUCUUCCAGAUCUCCAAGAACAUCAAAGACCAUAAAAAGAAAGUCUUCCAGGUCUCCAUCUCCCAGGGGCCGAAAUAAGAAAGAUAAAAAGAGAGAAAAAGAACGGGACCACAUCAGUGAUAGGAGAGAAAGAGAGCGUUCUACCUCCACAAAAAAGAGUUCUAAUGACGGGAAGGAGAAGGUGGAGAAGACCAACACACCAGUUAAGAAGGAACACAGUAAAGAGGCAGAUUCAAGUGUGAGCCAAGAUACAGAUGAGAAGGACCCACCAAGGACUGAGGAAGAAAACAAAGUACAGCAGAAUGGGAAUUGCCAACCAAGUGAAGAGAGCCUCUGCAGUAAAGCUGAUGUGGUGUAGGACCACCUGCUGCAUCUUUCCCUCCUUGGUGGGAUCAAACCCAAAGCUUUCAGUUCACAACAAGAUGUAAAUGGGGAAGAGACUCACAUAUGGGAACUAACAGCUUUUCCAGCUAUGAGGUGACAUUGUGGACAUCUUGUUACUGAGCAUGGGCAUCAUGAAAAUAAUCAGAUAUCACCCAAAUUUACCAUCUUCUGAAGUCUGUGCAUUUCCAUGGUGGCUGGCACACUUGUCAUGUGGUUCAUUAGUGUUUGCCAAGAAGCAUUGCAAGUAAAUUGAACAUCACAGAUCCAGAAUUGAACUAUCCCUAAAGACUGGAGAUGAGCAUUGGAGGCUCUUAAAGAAAAUGCUAGUUACUGAAUUUUGUAUUGUUUUACUUUUUUAAAGAAAUUUUCAAUAUAUACAGUUUGAUGAUGUGCUUGAAUUUGUGCAAAUAUAUAUAUACACUCUUGUAAAGUGCAAAGUAUGUAAGAAGUUUUAACAUUUACUUCACAGGACUUAACAGUGAUUGUGGUAAAUUCUCACUAUUGUGUUUUCUUUUGCUCACUGUUUGGACAUCAGUUUUUCUUUUAAAACAGUUUUACAGAUUAAAAUUGCUUAAAUAAGUGGAUUAAAAACCAACUGACAAUGCAUGCUACUGUUCUCUUUCAAGAGAAGAGAAACUGUGUUGAAUACUAAUAACAACAUGUUAGUAUUCAGUGUUUAGAAUCAUUGGGUCUGCCACAAAAAUGAGCAUUUCUUGAACUUUGUUGACAUUUCCAAGCUCAUGAAUAAUAUUGCAGUGUGUCUUGUCAGCUGUAGGUGGCAAAGAUCCCCUUAUAAAAAGGAAACUGAGUUUUCAAAAUGGGCCAUGGGAGCACAAGCUGAAGCUUUAGUGCCUUCUACAAUGUGUGGUAUACUGUUUUCUAGGGUUUUAUAUGUGCUAGUCAUUCUCAAUUCAUAUGAAUCUAGAUGGCUGUAUUCUGUUCACAACCAUGGGGAAGUAUGCUAGGGGUUUGUCAGAAGGAAGUCCUGUUUACAAGACUUGUGGAGUUUCAAACAACAUUGUAGUUUUGGGACCACCAGUUUUCUACUGUGAUGAUUGAAAGGGAGACAUACUCUUACUUCAAAUCAGAGGAAACCAAUUAGUUGUCUUCAUUGGAUGGCCUUAAUAUUACCUCGCAAUCAUUUUCUUCUAAUGAUACAGAAAUUAUACUUAAAGGAAGGACUGGGAGCAUAUAGAGGUGGUUUUGUGUUUAACAAUAUGCUUAUGUGAGUUUAAGACACAUGGUCAUCCACCAAUCUUAGGCUCAAUUUUUCAUAGAAGGUAUGUAAGUAGUAAAAUGAAAACUGUUAAUGUUUUCUGCGAAACUAUCAAUUCUGGUUAAUGCACUAGUCAUUAUUGUUACAUUUCCAAAUAAACCAAAAACACUUAAUUUGCAAAUCUUAUUUAAAAAUGAAUUUUAGUUUUAUUUAAUACAAUCAAAUUACUCAGUUGCCUUACCUUAUGGGAAGGGUUACUGUCACAGAUUGAAGAAGUCAAGUAGCACUUUAGUUACUUGGUUCCAAUUUGAGUCUUGUUUUCACAUUAAUACUGUUGAAACUAUAAUUUGAAGAGUAGAAAGGCCCUUUCUCCAAGUCAUAUAGCCUGGUUUGAUUAUGAAGCUGCUUAAUCAUCUUCAGAUUACUGUGUGUAUGUGUGUUUUCUUUUUGUCACUGUGUACAUUAAACUUUGGAAGAUGCUUUACUAUGUAAAGUAUAGAUGGCCAUUUAAUAGUUUAGCCACAUAUGGUUGGCUGGUAAACAGCUUAUUCUGAUACAGAAAUGAUUGGGCACCUGUGGAAAGAUUGUGAAGGAGUGUGUCUCGCUUCAACCGAUGUCUUAUUUAUGAUAUGUAAGUAGAAUAGAGCAAAUGUUUGAUCUUUGUUAUUUUUUAGUACCAUUUCUCUUAAUAAAGUUCAGUAUUUUAGAGGAAAGUC